GCCUUCGUUACCCCCCACGAGGCAGAACACGGAAGUACUGUAGAGCGUAUCGGGAAAAAUCCAAGUAUCUGUGUGGUGCUUGGGCUGUGAUAUUGUGAAGGGAGAACGACCUGGAUUCAGAAUAGGCGUUAAGAAAUCAUACUAGACGUAACUAUGAAAGAGACCGCUGACACAUGGGCGAAAGUGGGGCUUGGAAAAGAAUGACGGAAGCCCAUCAUCGCUUGACUCGGACCUGGAAGUGUAGCUUGAUGGCUACUUUGGCUAGCUAGCUCGCUAUCUCGGUGCUCUUCAUCUGUCUGCAGUUUCGGGUUAUUUUAGCGCAGUCGCCAAUAAUUUAUACCUUGCUAACAUCCACUGCAAAUAGCGGUAUCGCCAGAGAAUCGACGAGGGAUAUUUCGAGCAGCCUGCCUUGCCUGCUCGUCCCGCUGUGGUCGAGGCACGCUCCUCCUCGAUGUCGUCCUCGCGGCUAAAGUAUUUGUCCCUGGGCGUGCUGGUGUUCCAGACGACCUCGCUGGUGCUGACCAUGCGCUACUCGCGCACGCUUCAGGAGGACGGCCCGCGCUACCUCGCCUCGUCUGCCGUGGUGACCGCCGAGCUGCUCAAGAUUCUCACCUGCGUGAUGCUCGUCUUCAGGGACCACAGCUGCAGUGUUAGAGCACUGAACAGUGUGCUCACCCAGGAGAUCGUGAACAAACCAAUGGAGACUCUGAAGCUGGCCAUCCCCUCUGGCAUCUACACUCUGCAGAACAACCUGCUCUAUGUUGCACUGUCCAACCUGGAUGCAGCCACCUAUCAGGUGACCUACCAGCUGAAAAUCUUGACCACGGCCCUGUUCUCGGUGUCCAUGCUGGGGCGAAGGCUUGGGGUGUAUCAGUGGCUCUCUCUGCUCAUCCUCAUGGCUGGAGUGGCGCUCGUGCAGUGGCCCUCGGAGUCCCCUGGCACUCCGGAGCAGGAGCACCUUUCCGCGGGCUCCCAGUUUGUGGGCGUGGUGGCAGUGCUGGUGGCCUGCUGCUCCAGUGGCUUCGCGGGCGUAUACUUUGAGAAGAUCCUCAAAGAGACCAAACAGAGCGUCUGGGUCCGGAACAUCCAGCUCGGGCUCUUCGGGAUGGUGUUUGGGCUGAUGGGGGUUUUCGUGUACGACGGGGAGAGGGUCCGUGAGUUCGGCAUGUUCCAGGGAUACAACAGACUCACCUGGACUGUGGUGGCACUGCAGGCACUGGGUGGACUGGUGAUAGCUGCAGUAAUCAAGUAUGCAGACAACAUCCUGAAGGGCUUCGCCACAUCACUCUCCAUCAUCCUCUCCACACUCAUCUCCUACUUCUGGCUGCAGGAUUUCGAACCCACCAGCGUGUUUUUCCUGGGCGCAGUGCUGGUCAUUGUUGCCACUUUUCUCUAUGGCUAUGAAGGCAAACCCGCUCCCAACCCCAGCCGCGCGUAAGGGAAGACUGUGAGGAAGAGAAGAGGAGGAACAGGAGGAAGAUGGAGGAGGCGGCCAAAAGAGAAAAGGGGACUAGGGGAAUCUGAAGGGGUGGAAAGGAGGAUGGAGAUAUGGGUACUGGACUAGUAGUGUGAAAACAUUACUGGUUAGAGAUUUGGUGCACCAUGCCUGUAUAACACAAACAGAACCACAGGGCUUCACGCCAGUACUGCCAGAGCUGCAGUUUGCCACAGCAUUUUGGUUCUGGGUUGGACUCGGGUCAGAACCUUACCUGUCUCACCUAGACUGCCCAGGACUCCUCUGGUUAUGUUGGGCUCUCUGAUUCUCUCUGCCUCAAUCAGCUCGUGGCAAACAUGCAGGGACAUCCAGUCCAGAGCCCUCAGAGGCUCCAUGCAGGCGCCUUUCCCAGUGGUCCACUGGAGCCCAGGGAGAAACACUGGAGUGUGAGCAAAAGCACUCUGCCUGCAGGAGGCUGAGUUCAGGUUUUACAGUCACUGUUACAACCAGUUCUUCACAGCUGGAUAUGAUUGUUUUCUGUUUGUCUGUCUGUAUUGUAUUUGGGAAUGG